AUGAGCAUCCUAAAACAAGCAAAAUACAAGAAUUUCAGCGUAAUUGAAAACGAUACCAUAGUCGAUCGCCAAUUAGUCGAGAAACGUGAAUGUAGAAUCAAAAUAAAGAAACGACCUUACAAAUUCCGCUUGGAAGUUGUGCCGAGACUGGGAAAUUACACAGGAGAGAAAGAAGUUAAAGAGAUCCAAAUAAAGGAAAUAUGGAAAUACGGAGAAUUUUCUACGUCGCAAUUGGUCGUUCUCGAAAACCAGUUAACCGUUCUCAGCUGUCCGGGAUGGAACGACUAUAAAGUUUGGCGUGCAGCUUUUUUAUUUGUUCCAUACAGGCAUAACGAGAGCAGAAUACUAAGCGAGGACUGGAAUGAAACGUCGAAAUAUAAGUUUGAGAAGAAAGCGGCAGUUUCCGAUAGCGGACUAUACACUUGCUAUAAAGUCCGGGAAUCCAUUUAUGUAGAUGUGGAAGUCUUUCUCAUGGUUUUGAAGUCCGCAGAAGGUGCCGUACCAGUUCAAACCUUCGCUGUUUCGCAACAGGUUGUUGUCGAGAACCUAACAGUUUCGCUCUACUUUCCAGAAGAAUGUAGAACAAACACUUCGAAAAUUCAAUUUGUUUCAAUCAAACGAAAUGAGAGCGAAUUCAUAAGCGACGACUGGCUAGCAACCAGAAAUCAGUGCACAUUUUACAAAAAAGCUGGAGUGUCCGACAGCGGAAGAUACAUUUGUCUGAAGUGGAACGAAGGGACGACGUGGAAAAUUUCUGAAGUUUCGCUCAUGGUUUUACGGUCUGCAACAGUCGCUGCACCAAUCCAGUCAUUCGCAGUUUCGCGAAUGAUUGUUGAUGAAAAUCAAUUGGUCACGCUUAACUGUCUAGAAUGUGGAAAAUACCCUUCUGCAAUCGACUUCAUUCCUUAUGAACGUGAUGAAAGCGAAUACUUUUCUUGGAACGAAACCAUUGAAUGCAAGUUUGAGAAAUAUGCAAUGUUAUCCGACAGCGGAACAUACACUUGUCUGAGAUGGCAUGGAGGAAAGACGUGGAAAGUUUCAGAAAUCUCACUGAUGGUUAUGUUGCCUGCAUUCGCCAAACCAAUCCAAUCAUUCGUAAUUUCGCAAUUGGUUGUUGUUGAAAAUCAACUGGCUGUGCUCUGUUGUCCAGAAUGUAAAAAGUACGGUUCAAGAAUCGACUUUGUUCCUUACGGACACAAUGAGAGCGAAGUUAUAAACGAUAAGUGGAACGAAACUACCGAGUGCAAGUUCGAGAAGAAAGCAGUAUAUUCUAAUAGCGGAAAGUAUACUUGCUUGAGAUUUGAUAAGAAGAAGACGUGGAAAGUUUUGGAAGUGUUUCUGACGGUUCUGAGGUCUACAACAGAUGAGCCCAUGCUAAGAUUGCGAAUGAAUUUGAGCGAAGCAGUAACACCGCGGCAAGUCAUUAUGGAAUGGUCUGUCGGAAAUGUGAUAUCAUCCUUGCAAAGACAGAUUAUCUUACAAAGUUACAUGCUCAGUAGUGGAGGAAAGAAGGAUGUUGUUACUCAUGUGAACAGUACCGAGGAGACUAAUGGAACGUCAGCUUAUAUCAUUGGUCCUAGAAAGGAAGAAAACAAGAGAUACGCGAAACUCGAAUUUCGAUACAUAGGAGGAUACAACAUCUCUGUCAGAAAAGGUCCCAUAAUGACCUAUCAAGAACUUAUAGUAGUAAAUAUCACCUUUCAAGAACUACUUGAUAAAGUAGUGUUUCGUUGGUCUCUUACUGGAACGUGCAAACAUGAAAAGCCAAUUUACUCUAUCAGCGCAACGCAUGAGAACGGACUCGUCGAUCAAAUGAGGAGCGAGGAUAGAACUGCUGAAAUCAAAAUAACGAAGCGACCAUGGAAAUUUCGCGUAGAAAUACAUCCAAUAAUAGGAAAUUACACAGGAGUAAAAGGAAACGCAGUAGUCCAACUGAUCGAAAGAGCACCCGAAGUGCCUCCCACUGAUGUUGCAGCUCAUGGCAUCACACAUAAUCAGGUGCAAAUUAAUUUUGCACCAAUCCCAAACAUUGAAUUAUACGGAGAAUAUGUCGGCUGCAAGGUAGAAGUUUGUUUCUGGAGCAAGGCUUUAUGGUGUGUGAGCAAUAACGCCACACGAGGGAUCAGAAGCAUAGGAUUCAGAAGGCUGUACACAGAGACAAGUUUCCAAGCAAGGGUCGCUUGUUUCACUAACGGCGGCAUGGGUCCCUGGAGUGACUGGAUUUACUUUGACACUCUUGCAACGACUACAUCUCCAACCACAACAGUGGAGGAAAUCAUCACCACAAACGAAGAAGAUAUAAUGACCACAGAAAGCAAGAUUCAGGUUUCAAUAGCAAAGGGAAGUUACCUGAUGUGCGCUGUGAUUCUCGAAACUGCCAUGGUGAUACUGUAUGCAUGAAAUUGUUCCCAUUAAUUCAAAGAAUUAACUACUACCUUUUCUCUCUAAGCAUAUAUAUAUAAUAUGUCAGAGAAAUAACAGAG